CAUUGCUCACUGUAACUCGCUCAUAGUGUCAGAAUACUUCAUUCAAUAACAGGUGUGUCUCAUAAAUCGUGAAAUAUGAAGAUGGGGACAUUUCUUCCUCUACUGCGGAUACUAGUCUGCAUGCAUGUACUCUGGUGGGGCGUACAAGGAAUGACUACCGAAUCAAGCGACGACACAUUGAUUGACUUCCUAAGCGGUGCAGGUUCCUAUGAGGGCGUGGUGUAUUACCAAGCAGAGGGUCGACGUGCCUUGAUAUGCGAUCAAACAUGGACUAACAAUGAAGCCGCUGUGGCAUGUCGUAUGCAGGGAUACGAAGGUGGUACAGCAACCAAAGUAGUCGAUCUAGCACGAGAGGAUUAUACUGAUAACUUCCAAUGGGAUAUCGUAUGUGAUGGCGAUGAGGAAAGACUAGGAGACUGCCCUGUGUCAAACAAAGAAGACAACCCGACCUCAUGCGAUCCUAACAAUAUAGCUCAGGUCAGAUGCGAACCAAAUAUAGAUUGGGACAUGCGGAUGACUGGAAGUGAGUACUCGGAGCAAGGACGGGUGGAAACCUAUACGAACGGAGAAUGGGUCAAAGUGUGGGCGGUUGCUGUCCAUACUACCUACGAAAUGCUUUGUAGAGCCAUGGGGUAUGAUGAGCCGUUGCAUCAUUACGAAGGAAUAGAGCAGAUGCCUUUCCAAGGAGGUUCACAGGAUGAAGGAGUCAUGUGUAUGCCAUCAUCAGACGACAUCAUCAGCUGCCGUAACGUGAGUGAGAUACCUGGAAAUGGUUCUAACUACGAGACAGGCAUCGUGUGUAAACCCUUUGACAUUGUGGCAUACCAUCCAAUAAGAUUGGUCGACAAUAACACAAACGAGAUCAACAACCGGUCAGGACUUGUAGAGAUCUACCAUGACGGCCAAUGGGGAAACAUUUGCAAGAAUUCCCGUUAUGCUAAAGUACGAACACGUGACACGCACGGUGUCGUCAUUUCAUAUUUCUAGGUGAAGCACAUGACCGUUAGCGGAGACGAUAAUGACGCCCUAUUUUGCAGAUUUCCAAAGACAUUUCACACCAAAUAUGACCCCUUUGACUUGAACAUGAGUAUAAAGUAGGUUUUGAAUAUAAAACCAACUUUUCCCAAAAAAUUUACAAAAACUACACUACGAUUAUUUUCGCUAAAGAUUUUAAAUACGCUUUCACAUGUUUGAAACAUCGUGAAGAUAUGACUUUUUCCCAUAAAAAA